UGUAUUGACAGUUUUAAAACUGUUGGAAAGAAGUAUUCUUUGAUUUUUAGUUAAUUGAUUUAAUUCUUAAGUAAUAGUAAGAACAUAAACGUGAAAAUGGAAGAAGUUGACGAGAAGCAAGUAUAUUUCCACGAUAUGGAAUUGGACGAUAGGAUUUUAAAGGCGAUUGCUAUGUUGGGAUGGGAAAAGCCCACUGUGAUCCAAGAGACUGCCAUACCCAUGGCAUUGGAGGGCAAAGAUUUACUCAUUAAAGCAAGAACAGGACAAGGAAAGACAGCCUCCUUUCUGAUACCAGUAAUACAGAAAGUUUUAACACACAAAAAGACUGCCAUCGAGACAGAGAGCAUAGCAAUUAUAUUAUGCCCAUCGAGAGAGCUCUGCAAACAGACUAUGACUGUCAUCGGACAGCUGACGAGAAAAUGCAGUCAAGUAGUUAAAUGUAUAGAUAUUUCCCCAGACGUAGAAAUAGCUAUUCAGAAACCUCUAUUAACAAACAAACCAGAAAUCAUAGUAUCGACACCAUCAAAACUAUUGAAACAUUUAACAGCUGAAACAAUCACUUUAAGCACAAUCCAAUAUGUGGUUAUUGAUGAAGCUGAUUUGGUGUUUUCGUUCGGUUAUCAAAACGAUAUUGAAGAGCUAAUUAAAUAUUUGCCACAAUUUUAUCAGGCAAUUUUAGCUUCAGCCACUUUGAGUCAAGAUGUGAAAGAUUUAAAGAAAUUAGUCUUGCAUAAUCCAGUGAUAUUGAAGUUGCAUGAAGCGGAUAUUCCACCAAAUUCACAGUUGGCUCACUAUUAUAUUGCAGCUGAAGAAUUGGAGAAAGCCACAAUCUUGAGUUCCUUGUAUAAAUUGCAUUUAAUCAAUGGAAAGUCUAUAGUGUUUGUGAAUUCAGUUGAUAAAUGUUACAAGUUGAAACUCUUCUUGCAUCAAUUUGCUGUUAAGGCUUGUGUGCUGAAUUCGGAAUUACCAGCAGCUGUUCGUUGUAAAGCAGUUGAGGACUUCAAUAAUGGAGUUUACGAUACUAUAAUUGCCUCUGAUGAAAGGAGUCUCACUGAAGACCUGACGUUUAUCAAAAAAGAGGAGGAAGAGAUUGCGCAGGAUGGGGAAGAAAAGGAGGAGAAGAAAAAGAAGAAACGUAACAGAAGGGCUAAAGACAAGGAGAGUGGAGUGGCCAGAGGCAUUGAUUUCCAAUGUGUUUCUAAUGUGAUCAACUUUGAACUACCCUCAGAAAUCGACUCUUAUAUUCAUCGAGCGGGAAGAACCGCGAGAGGAACAAAUACUGGCACAGUUUUAUCGUUCAUUAAUAAACGUCAGAAGAAAAUAUUCGAGGAAAUUGAAGAUCACAUCAAUAAACUUCAAAACACGACGAAUUCAUUCAAGAAGUAUGAGUUUAAGAUGGAUGACGUGGCUUCUCUUCAGUACAGAGCCCAAGAUGCGUGGAACGCUGUAACAAAGAACGUUAUUAAAGAAGCGCGUAUGAAUGAAAUUAAAAAGGAAAUCAUUCAAUCAAAGAAAUUGAAGAUGUAUUUUGAAGCAAAUCCUAUUGAUUUGGAAGUGCUGGAGAGUCAAAGUACCACGAGACAACCUAAGAAGAUUAAGCAGAAUUUGGGAUGCAUGCCUGAUUACAUCGUGCCUACUACGUUGAGGCAUUUGAUCGAUGAACAGAGUAAGGCCGGUACUAAAUCAGGUAUUUGGAAGCAGGCCGAGAAAAUUAACAAGGAGGAAAAGAAGCAGAAAUACGUUAAAUCUAAUAUGAAUGAUAAGAAACGUUCGAAUCCGUUGGAAACUACAUUUCAAAAGAAGUUUAAAAAUUGAUGUUUUAAAAUUAUAUGAAAAAUAAAAUUAA